AUGAUUAGUAGAGAUAGAAGAAAGGAAUCUUGCUUGAACAUAAUUAGAUAUUGGGGUAGAAUUACCAUGUGUAUUUGGCUUGGGUUGUAUUGGCUGGGUGUUGGUGUUGGGGCAUCUGGUGAUGGAUUGCAGACAAGUGUAAAUACUCAGCCGGCGUUGCCAAGUUCGGCUGAGAUGCUUGCGACCUUGAAGAAGAUUGGCUUUGUCUUUACUGUUGAGAAGCCACAAAUCACAGUUGAACGAUACGUUUCUAUUCGGUUGUCAGAACCUGCUGCUGCGCACAACUCGAUAGGAACUAAUCCACCUCUUUAUGUUGUAAGGUAUGCUGGUUUGAAGAAGCUUCAGUUUACAGCACCAGUAUAUGAAAAUGCAGAUGCGGCUAUGGAGGCUUUGAAUGAGUUAAGAAAGAUUGCUAUUAUCAAGACAAUGUAUUGUUAUGUCCUUUGGAAGCCGGCAAACCCAGAACUUCAUCAGAUAAAUCAACUAAUUCUAAAUCGAGUCUAUAAUGUGCUUGAUUGUUGCAUGACAACCCUUUGUGCGUCUAUUUCUUUGGAACGCCUGGAAUAUACUAGUCUGGUCGAUUUAGAGGCCUGUAAGAGAGAAGCACUGAAUACAAUUGAACAUGCUGCUUAUGGGCAUAAUAAUACACUUGAUCUUUGUGGUGAACUGGAUGGGAGACUUCCGAGUUUGAUAACUAGUGGGAUUUUCUUAUGGCGGCCAUUGACGACAGUUCGCUUAUUAAGUAAUGCAGUUCAUGAUGUCCACCUUCUUAGUCAGCUUCGGCUAACCAAUGACUAUUCUCUUGGCUUUGCCCAGUUGCCUAAAUCUGUUAAUAUUGAUCUGCGAGUUCUUCAAACAUUGCCUUAUAUAUGCAAUGCGAUUGAUAUUAGCGAAGCGGGUGACGCAAAAGUAACGCUAUCUGGUCUUGAAAAUGCUAUUGAUAAACAUACACAAAUAGUAUUAAAGGCAGACUGGGACACUCUUCUAUAUUUAGCUGUCAACAACGGGUCGGAUAUUCGUGUUCACACUAUUAUGGGUCUUGUUGUUGAAUUAAAGUCUCUUCAAGCAAUGAUCAAGGCCGAUAGAAUGUCGAUGCCAGAUAAGCCUCGUGUCUUUGCCACUAUCAUCCUUUCUCAAAUCAACUCUAAUAUGCCAUGCGGCCCUGUGGAACAAUACCACGAAUUCUACAAUCCAGAUACUUUUAUCAAAUAUGGUAUCAGAGUCGAUGAUGUCCAGCUCUACUAUAAGGGAGGCCGGACCGACUUACAUGCCACUUUAACCCUGCUUUGCUCGAUUGGGGCUUUGCCAAAUAUGCCAGAUGAAGUCGAUGAAACCAUUACAUGCAAUGGCACAGAUAUUAACGGCAUCGAUUUGGAAGUUCAAGGUACAGUCGAGAUUUGCCUAGAUCAUGCUAGAUUAGGCCGCCUUAUUCAUGAAUAUAUAUCCCAAAACUGUAUGUGCUUCUGCCAGAAUAUACGCUACACCGAGAUCUCGAUUACAGAAGGCGAAGACCCGCGUCCAGAAGAGGUCAACAUCCUCGUUGGGAAACUGCUGUCUUUAUUUCACAAUAUCACUGCCCAAUGCAUUAGGAUUUGGAAUGUUCAUGGCCAACACCAAACCACCACUAAUUUUGAUCUAAAUACUUUCAAAACCAAUGCCAACGGUACUGAGAAGCUCCUUAUCAGCGUCGAUUGUUUAUUUCUAGACAAUGUUGACCCUCAAAUUCUCUAUUGGAUGUUAGGAAACUACAUCUUUACUGAGCCAACGGAAGUACAUAUUUUGAACCAGUCUUUCGCCAAUCUUGCUGUUGUUCAAGUUCUUACUCUUCCUGAGCUGAGUUUGAUUAAAACCCUAGUGAUAGAUGAUUGCAGCGACCUAAACGAGCUCGUGAAUUAUAAGAAACCAGCCGAGUCUGAAGAGUUCUCACUAUUCAGAUACAUAGAGGAGAAUCAGAGAGAGGGAAAAUCAAUUGAAUCUCUUGGCCUGCACAAACUGUCUCUGCAAUUAGAAGAAUCCCUCUUUGAAUUGCAUUAUGAAGCCUUGCACAAUCUCUGGAGUUACGGAAUUAUUCCUAUGGGCAUGCCAUUUGAAAUUUACAUCGCCUGGUCGACAGCCCCUAGUCUGAUUGGGUUGUGUAAGAAAGAGUUUAUACUCUCUAGUGUUACCGUAGUUGCUCUGAAUGCCGACUUUGCCAAUUGCCAAGCUAUGCUCUUAAAUCAAUCCAACCAGGGACAAACCCUCGAGCCCCAAGAGUAUUCUAUCCAGAAAAACUCCGUCGAGAAGCUGGUUAUGCUCUUUUCUAACGGCCAGACAUUAACUGAGACAGACCUCGCAACUAUUAUCCGCUGGGUGUCUUGCCGAUUUACAGAUCUGACUAUCUUACAACUAUGCAAUCUUGAAUUAUCAGCUAACGACCAUCAUGCGAUAGCUUCACGUGAUUAUUGUAUUCGUGGAUUAGAUAAACUCACUAGCAUUCAAAUAGAGGAUAUAAGUUCAAGACCACACACAUAUAUUGAACUAAUAAUUCGACCGUAUCACAUUAGUCUCCUGGCCACUGCCACCAACCUACGCCCUGAGUUCACAGCCGUAUCACAUGCAACUCUAUCCCGACUCUUUUCUCAAGGCGAGCAGCUUAAGACACUAGUCCCAACAAACAUGGGCACCAAAGCUUCACUUGAAAUGAUCAAAAAGCAUCUAUUGACUAACCAAAAGACUAAGAAGAAUAUUGAGUGUUCAAUUUGUUACGAUAAACUAUUUGUGUCAACUGUUGAUGAUGUAGAUGGUGAUAAGUGUCUCAAAGACGAAGAAAACAAAGAUGAUGCAGAUGGUGAACCAAGUGCCAAGAAACCCCGUAACGAGUCUACUGUCCCAGAAACCAAAUUCACAACUCUUUGCUACUUCAAGUGUGGUCACACUUUUUGUGAUAGGUGCGCAGUUAACUGGUUUGAUGAAUGGCCGAGCAAGAAUUGUCCUGAAUGCCGAGAAGAAGGUGUGUAUCUAGACAUCCACUAUCUUGUCGGUGUUCCGCUAUCUAAUUUUGUUGUUCUCCAGGACAAUAUCAAUACUAACCCGCUCUCUAUCAACUGCCAAUAUCUCAAAGAUCUAGCAUGUCAUGAUGGCUACAUCUAUUUUUACAUAGCUUAUAACGACAUAAUAGACCUUUCUACGGAGCUUGGCAGAAAAGCAACAUAUGAUGACCCUCACCAACUUUACGUCAUCUAA